GUGACUUCCGGUUGUCAGUCUCCAGACGCGCAGAGGCUGCGGCGGGGACGCGGUGGAGGCCUGGGCUGGCCUCUCUCGUCCUCGUCCGCCUAUCCGAGAUGCAUCCGCGGCGCCCCGAGGGCUUCGACGGCCUGGGUUACCGGGGAGGCGUGCGGGAUGAUCCGGCUUUCGGCGGCCCUUUCCAUGCCCGCUCCUUCGGAUCCGGCACGGAACUGGGCCACUGGGUGACGACGCCCCCGGACAUCCCGGGCAGCCGCAACCUGCACUGGGGCGAGAAGAGCCCUUCGUACGGCGUGCCCUCCGCGCCCCCGACGCUCGAGGGUUCAGUGGAGGAGCCCUUCCCCGGCGGCGGCGAGGGCCCGCGGCCAGGACCGAGCAGCGAACAGUUGAAUAGAUUUGCUGGAUUUGGUAUUGGACUUGCAAGUCUCUUUACAGAAAAUGUGCUGGCCCAUCCUUGCAUUGUUUUACGCCGCCAAUGUCAGGUCAAUUACCAUGCUCGGCAUUACCAUCUCACUCCAUUUUCAGUUAUCAACAUUAUGUAUAGCUUCAACAAAACUCAGGGACCAAGAGCCCUAUGGAAAGGAAUGGGAAGCACAUUUAUUGUUCAGGGUGUCACUCUUGGAGCAGAAGGCAUAAUUAGUGAAUUUACACCUUUACCGAGGGAGGUUUCACACAAAUUGAACCCUAAACAAAUAGGUGAACACCUUCUCCUGAAAUGCCUAACAUACAUGGUGGCCAUGCCUUUUUAUUCAGCAAGUCUGAUUGAAACAGUACAGAGUGAGAUAAUCCGAGAUAACACUGGCAUCCUGGAAUGCAUUAAAGAAGGAAUUGGACGAGUGAUAGGCUUGGGAGUGCCUCACAGCAAACGCCUUCUUCCACUGUUUUCAUUGAUCUUCCCAACAGUGCUGCAUGGAGUUCUUCAUUACAUCAUCAGCUCCAUCAUUCAGAAGAUUGUCCUUCUA